ACUUUUGGACCUCUCGAGCUCCUGUAGGAGAUCCCCUUUCCCCCGUCUCUUUCUCCCGUCACAGCAUGGAUUCCCUCUCCAACUUUAUUUCGGUGUUUUAGUGUUAGUUUCGCGCUGCCUUGGGAUUAACGUCAUCGUCUGGAUUGUGUAAUUCAACUAGACACUAUGUUUACCACCACCGGCUCUCGGGGCCUCUACAAGGCUCCUCUGUCUAAAGGCCUCCUGCUGGUUCUCAAUGGGCUGACUGUGAUGCUCACCCUGCUGCCACAGUACCAAGAACUGUUCGUGUACAACCUACAGGCUGCCACACAGCAUCACCAGGUGUGGAGGUUUUUGUGUGGCAGGCUGGUCUGUCUAGACGUGAAGGACGCCUUCUGCAGCAGCCUGCUCAUUUACAACUUUCGAAUCUUUGAGAGGAGGUUUGGCACCAGGAAGUUUGCUUCCUUCAUCUUGGGUACUUGGUGCCUCUCUGCGCUAAUGGACUUUGUGCUGGCCCAGGCUUUCCAGUUUCUGUUUGACUAUGAGGUGGAGGAACUGCCUGCGGGACUGCUCGCUCCUGUCUUCUCCAUAUUCGUGCCUUUCUACCUGUUGAUCCCCAGAAUGCCGGUCACCCAGGUUCUGGGCCACAUCCACAUCACCAACAAGUCUCUGGUCUACAUAGUAGGCUUACAGCUGUUGACUUCCAGUCCCUUCAUGUGGCUCCUUGCACUCAGUGGACUGAUCUCAGGCGGACUGUACCACUGCAAUGUUCUUUGGUUACAGAAGCUCCUCUGCAUACCCAUGUGGGCGUCUCGUAUUGGACGGUAUAUUCUGGAGCCAGUCUUCUCAAGCUCCCAGCCAAGCAGUGAGACGCCUUUGGGGAUGGGUGCCACUCUGGACAUCCAGAGGCAACAAAGGAUGGACCUACUCGACCAACAGCUGCUGCUGGCCCAAUACAACGAGGCCAGGAGGAACGCCAGACACCAGCCACAGCCUGGGUUGUUACAGUGGACCAGGUUGUUCCCCUCCCUGAGACACAGAGGACAGAACCGACCCCCAAUGCAGGCCCGCCCCCAGGCUCAGACACCCCCAUCCACUCAGCCACCUCUAUUGGACAACUCACCUGUCGCAGAGGAGCAGGUUGCACGGUUGGUGGAAAUGGGUUUCUCCAGAAUUGAUGCCCUCGAGGCCCUCAGAGCUUCAAACAACGAUAUUAAUAUGGCAACAAACUUCCUCUUGCAACACUGAGACAGAGAAAGUGAGUGGAAGAGCUCUGUGAGGCAAACAGAGUGAAAGCAGGAAAGCAGGAGCAACCAAAGCAGAGGAGCAAAAAGUAAAAUGGAGAGAAAGCAUUGAAGACGACACUUGUACAGAUAAUCUGAAAGCUGUGCCACUGCUCCCUGAAGCAGUGUUGGGCUGACCCAGCGUGAACUGAGCCUGUUAGCAGGCUGAUUAAUGAAGAAGUGUGAAGCACAAAGUGGGAGACAUUUGCGUCAUAGCUUUCUGAUGGCCGUCGUUGUGUGAAACAGGCGUCAUUGCUCAGUCCGAUGAGUGAGAUCUCUUACUCCAAGGGGGUUAAAAAGAUACAGAAACCAAACGGGUCUCAGUUUCUUCACAGUACAUCUUAAACAUGCCAGAGUCUUCAGUCCAGCGGAGGAAAAGUGGCUUAUUUCUUUAAAACAGAACUGAUGCUGAAGCACACAGAUCAGCAGACAUCCCACACACCCUCUUCACAUGGAUAUCAACUUUUAUCUCUGUGAAAUAGAGUUUUUUUAUAACCCACUAUCAUGUACUGCCACUCUUUCAAAAUGACUAGAAUGACAUAGAAAGCAGAUAAAGAAAAAUAAUCACAAGGUUAUUGAGACCAUGGAUCGAAGAACAUUAUUUCAUAUGUCAGGUUUCAUAAGAUCAGUCUGUUUGUUGAGGAUUUUAGGACAUCUAGUCUUUUAUACCUCACUGAAACAACUGGAAUGCUGUGCCUGUGUAAUGCCACGAGGAGGUACAAAGGUCUUGAUUACAACUUCAACUUCGACAAUUUAUGAAAGAAUCCAUAAACCUAAUUUACCACCAUAUUAUUAUACAGUUCUUUCUUUAUAUUGACAGUGUUUCAUGGAAGCAGCGGGGCUCGGCCCUUUCCUGCUUGAACUGUUUUAACAAAACACUUAUCCUGACUGACAGCUACUGUACCAGCCAAAAUUUUUCUUAGCUGAUUGGUUUGGCCCAUUUGAAAGUCUGCAGUUACAGCUGGUGACAGACAGGGCUGUUUGGCUGGGUACGGGUUUGAUGGGCUAUCUCAGGGUCUGUUAAUGACCUAAUCACAUUCACAGACAUGAGUGCACACACAGAUGCACAGUGGCCCUUUGAGGAGGUCAUAUCUCACACACACGUUUGUUUCUUUCUUCAUUUCAUGCUCUUAUAUGCCUAUGUGCACAGGUGUUAUUUAUUCAGUUUUAGCUGAAGUCUUUUCUCUGCCAGAAUAUGUCUGAAUCAUAACAAGUCUUAAAAGACAGAUUAUAUUUAUUAUGCAAUAUCAUGGUAAGAGAAAUUUAUGGAGACUAUGCACUGCAUAGUAACUCAUUUGUGUGUAUAAAUGUGCAAAACUUUUGUCAGAGAGAAGUAAUAUUGCAGCCACUAUGUUGAUGUCAAAGACAGAUGCUAGUUUUAUAUUUUGUUCAUAAUAAUAUUGGUAAUAUAUGACCACUGAGAUGAGUCUGUCAUUUGUGUGUAUGUAUUUUUUAGAAUGGUAUAAAUUAGUAUAUGGAUGUGAUGAGGGAGUUGUUGCAUGGGCAACUUAAGAUGAACUGUAAUGAAUCAUAUUUCAUCUGUGGAAUAAAUCAACUUGCUGACUGAA